AGGGUUCCGACCGUCCGUCCGAUCAGUCUGACCUAUAGUCUAGAAGUUAGGCAAGUAACAGCGACGUCACCUAAAUUCCAUCGAAACCUCAAUAUUAUUCGGUUUGCUCUUCUUCCCUCCCUUAUCUCUUCUUUCCUUUCUUUACUUGGACACUACUUGCUCGCUACCCUAUGCGCCUCGCGUCUUCCAGUCUCACCCUAGCCAAAGUUACACUUGGAAUUCCAGCUAUCGGCACCGCUCCGGCUCUCGUCUGUAAAAAAGACUCGCACCUUUUUAUUUCUUGAAUUCAUCGGUCCUGCCGUUGGCCUAACUGAUACCUGACCGUGAUGUUUUGGGGAAAGGGUCCGGAGAAGCCUGACGUUAAGACCCCGGAGGCACCGCCGACUAACGUCGACCCGCGCAGCGAUGCCACUCGUUUCGACCUUAACAAGCUCCCGCCGCGCCGCGAGUUACCCGAGGCUAUGCAGAGCAUCGUAGAUAAGUCGGAUAAGGAGGAGAAUUUCUUCGACGAGCUCGUAGAGGGAUAUGCGCCUGACUCUACUGAAUCCAACGUGCGGUAUGUUGCCUACGCCAACCGACUUCGGACUAUUAUGCUCUCGGCGCACCGUUAUGUAGCCUAUACCUCAGACAUAGGGGAGUCAUUUCGGCCCGUCGCCCACCCUUGGAUAGUGAGAGGCGCCUAUGGCGUGUCGUGGGCCUACAUUAUGGGCGACGUUUCGUACGAAGGGUACAAGGCAUACUGGCAGAACCAGAAGAUACUUAACCCGCAGCUGGUGCUCUCGGACAAACAGCAAAAAGCCGCCGGGUUGUCGACCCCGGCAUCCCCGGACGCGAAGCCCGGCACCGUCUCGCCCUUGGAGGACUACAGGACCGUGAUGGUGCAGCGUGCCAUCUUUCAGACUGUUGCGUCGAUGGGACUUCCCGCAUUCACAAUCCACAGCGUCGUCAAAUACUCGGGCCGAGCCAUGAAAGAUAUGAAGAAUAAGACCCUCCGAGUUUGGGGCCCUAUAGGACUUGGCCUUGGUGUCGUCCCGUUCUUGCCGGCGCUGUUUGACAAGCCGGUUGAGAAUGCCGUCGAAUGGGCGUUCCACAGGGGCUUCUCGACGUAUGGCGGCCACGGCUAUGUUGGCGAUGCGCCGACGACGGGGCGUGAAGCGGCCUUGCAUCAGAGGCCAAGAACGAACACCACCAAAGAGAAGGAAUUAUAAAGCAUGGACGGUCAGAUAGGAAACGAGAUAGAAUCAGCAUCCCGCAGUCGAGAAACCCGUCCCUACUCCCCACCGUUGCUGCAUUUUCUUGAUGUUACUGUGAAAUACCUGCGAACUGGGGCAAAAAAA